GUUUUCACCGAUCCGUCGAACCUUCAGCGCCACAUCCGGACGCACCACGUCGGCGCCCGGAGCCACGCUUGCCCGGAGUGCGGCAAAACGUUCGCGACCUCAUCCGGACUCAAGCAGCACACGCACAUCCACUCGUCGGUGAAGCCGUUCCAGUGCGAGGUCUGCUUCAAGUCGUACACGCAGUUCUCGAACCUGUGCCGCCACAAGCGCAUGCAUGCCGACUGCCGGAUGCAGAUAAAGUGCGACAAGUGCGGCGACAGCUUCAGCACGGUGACGUCCCUGUCGAAGCACAAGCGCUUCUGCGACUCGACCGCCGUCACGCGGGCCGCCAUCCACCACCAGCAGCAUCACCACCAUCAGCAGCACCAGCAGCACUCGCCCCUUCACCACCACCAUCACCACCAUCCGCACCAGCAUCAUCACCCGCAGCACCACCAUCGACUUCCGGGUGCACCUGGGUUGACGGGCCAACAGCAACAGCAACAACCUCCGGCAGCGGCCGGAGCCACAGCUCUGCCGACGCUACCGCCGAGCAUGGCGACGCCACCGAACCCGUUCCUGAUGUUCCCCGGGUCACCCUUCUUCGCGCCCGGCUUCCGGCCCCACCCGGGCAUCCCGGGCAUGCCGUUCCCGCCGAACCCGGGCCAAGCCGUUCCGCCGUUCCCGCUGUCGUUCUUCUCGAAGCUACCGCCGCUCGCCUCGAUGAUGACGCUCGAGGCGGACCGCAAAACACCGUCUCCUCCGCCCCACCGCCAUCUGGCGGGGCUAGCGGGUGACGGGACGUACGGGGGCCAGCAGUCUAUGAAGAUCUCGCCGCCGAUGGGCGAGGAAGCGUCGAGCCACCUGCGCCCAUCACCGGCCCGGCCCAUUCCGGUCAACUUUAACUCGCACUCCUCGGCCGCUGUGGCGCUCCUUUCCGGCGGUGGUGGCUCCCCACCGGGACCGGGGCUGUCGCUGACCCCUCGGGACCACUCCGCCGCCACCAACAACAAUCACCUCAAGGAGAACAACAACAACCACCAGGUCACCGGCCAGCGGGCACCCGAAAGUAGGGGAAGUUCGGUCGGGCGAUCGGAAGACACCGACGGGCAGGCUGCGCCGGGGAAGCACUUCCGGCCGGAGGACGGUCUCGGGGAGCCGAAGCCAUCAGUGAAGUCUCCCGCCCUGUCGCUGAUCGACGAGAAGCCCGUCACUCGGCGAAGAAGUCGGGGAGUUGACGACGGGAUGGACGCGGCCUCGGACGGGUCCUUGAACGAACGGAAGAAGAUCAAGAAGGAAGAACAAGACGAGGAAGAGGAGGAAGAGGGCACCGGAGGAGAGCAGCCGCUGGAUCUGAGUCUGUCGAAGAAGAGUUCCCCGCCGCUUCCGGUGGACGAGGAGGAAGUGGAUGAGGACGAAGAUGGGCACCGGAUCGUGAACCGCAGUCCGACGCCGAUCGAGGUGACGAGCCCCACGAGCCUGACCCCGACCCCGUCCGUCCCGACGCCCGGUUCAUCGUCGGAGGAGUUGCCGGUGCGGGGCACCAGGAACGAGGGCGGCCACAGAGGGAAAGCUAGCGUUGCUUCCCCCCGUGCGGAUGCGUUCGCACUGCCCAGCCCUUCGCCGUCACUGUCGCCGCGUCCUUCACCGUCACCCUCGUCACCGGGCGGAGUGGGCCACCAGCAGCAUGGCCAGCAUCUGCCACACCCUCACCAGCACCAGCACCAACACCAUCACCACCAGCAACCGAUCUCGUACCCGCGGCCCAUCUAUCCGCUGCUUCUGGAGGCGAUGUACCGGCCGGGCGGGGGCUUGGGAGCCCCGUUCCAGCGGCCCUUCAACCUGCUCGACUCGCUCGAGUCCAACAUCGAUCUGCUAAAGCGGAGUCGCCAGUACUUGCCGGCCUCGAAGGCGUUCCAUCAGGCGAUGGCCAUGGCAGGUCCGGGACAUGGUGGGCCGGGCUUACCACCGGCCGCUUUUGGCGGAGUGCCGGGCGGAGUGCAGGGACCGGGGCCCGCCGCCGGGCUCGUCGGCAAGGUCAAGGACCGGUACUCGUGCAAGUACUGCGGGAAGAUCUUCCCGCGGUCGGCGAACCUGACGCGUCACCUGCGGACUCACACCGGGGAGCAGCCGUACAAGUGUCGGUACUGCGAGCGCUCGUUCAGCAUCUCGUCCAACCUGCAACGUCACGUCCGGAACAUCCACAACAAGGAGCGCCCGUUCAAGUGUCACCUGUGCGAACGGUGCUUUGGCCAGCAGACGAACCUCGAUCGGCACCUGAAGAAGCACGAUGCGGACGCGACCGGCCUGGGGCUCGGGCUGGGCGAUUCACCGUCGUCGAACGAGGCCGAACGGGGUGACGACGUGUUCUUCGAUGAGAUCCGCUCGUUUAUGGGCAAAGUGACCUACUCGGGCCCGACGGCCUUGCUGGCGGCGGCGGCGGCAGCCGGUGCUAACGGGUUGACCGGCGCGGCAGGUGCCGCUAGUGCCGGACGAGGUGCCGUGGAGGAGGACACUGAUGAUAGCCGGCGGCACGAUUCGUACUCGACGCCGAUCGACGUGACGCGCCUGGAUCCGGGCGAACUGGACGAGGACGACGAGGACGAAGACGAUGCGGCCAGCUGCGACCGGGAGAGCGACCUCAUCAACAUCGAGUCGGACAAGGAAACGACCACCAACCACCACGAUGCGAUCGAGGUGUCCACCUAA